UUUCCUCCUCUUUCUCCUUCUCUUCCUCUCUGUUUUUUUCCCCCUUCCCUCCUCAGUUUCGUUCAGCCACCCGAGCGAGGUAGUAGGAAUAAGAAACUUGGGAAGAUGGGGAAGCUUCAGGAAUUUCAGAUAACCCUGAAGGACAAUAAAGUGGUGUACAGUCCCGGAGAGUCUAUUUCAGGGACGGUGAAAAUCUCCACCGCUCAGCCCAUCCAGUGUAAAGCAAUUAAGGUAAACUGCUACGGGGCCUGCGGUGUGACCAGCAAAAUGAACGACAUGGACUGGCUCGAGGAGGAGCAGUACUUCAACAGCUCUCUCUCUGUAGCUGAUAAAGGCACUUUGAAACAGGGUGAACACAUUUUCCCCUUCAAGUUUCUCAUCCCAGCCACAGCUCCGACAUCCUUCGAAGGGCCAUACGGCAGGAUCAUGUACAAAAUUCGAGCAUUUAUCGACACGCCUCGCUUCUCAAAAGACUACAAGACAGAGAAACCCUUCUACAUGCUGAACAACAUUAACCUUAACGAAAUGCCUGAGAUCUAUGACCCAAACACUUCAAAUGUAACAAAGAAUUUCACAUACAUGCUGGUGAAGAAUGGGACAGUCGUCCUGGUGGCUAAAACGGACCAGCGUGGAUAUAUUGCAGGUCAGGUCAUUAAAGUAUCCACAGAGAUCGACAACCAAUCAGGGAAGAACACAGGUCACGUAGUGGCUUGUCUAAUUCAGAAAGUGACGUAUCACACGAAGAAACCGACACACGAAUUGAGGACGAUAGCGGAGGUAGAGGGAGCUGGAGUGAAAGCUGGCAAACAGGCUCAGUGGAAAGAACAGAUUAUCGUUCCUCCUCUUCCACAGUCCUCCUUGGCUGGAUGUAACCUCAUCGAGAUUAACUAUUACAUCCAGGUUUCUUUGAAGUAUCCAGAAAUGUCCCUGACGCUGCCAAUUCAUAUCGGGAACGUUGCCAUCGAUCCGAGUCUACGUCCUCCUCCCAAAGCCAAAUCCACCAAGACAGCUCCCACUCCAACACCAAGGACUAACCCGGCGUCUCCAACUUCACUGAACGCCCCUGCUUCCUCUACUUCUCCACCUUCCGCCUCCCCUAACCUGCCUCCUCGGCCCGCCCCUCGGCCCCGACCCCGCAGCAUGAUUGUCACUCCGAGCGCACCCCCAGCAGAGCCGGACAUGAUGGGAUCCAGGGAUGGCGAAGAGAUUCCUACUAAGGUCCACUCUCAGCACCAGGGUCCCAUGUCUCCCAGCGCCUUUAGCUACGCCCCAGGCCUCGUGUUCCCGCAGAGUAACAGCAGCAACCCCUCAGCGCCUCACUUUUCCCUCUCCACCGGGGCCACCAUCCCAUUCUUUAGUGAAGGAAACGGCCCACCCGUGCCCACUUCCUGCCCGUUCAUCCUGCCUCCGGAUUAUAGAAGCUCAGCACACCCACAUGAGCCUCCACCAGCCUAUGAAGACAGCUUUCUCACCACAUAAAUGAUUUCUGUUCUGUACUGACCAACGGCUGACAACUCACUUUAAGACUGAUGUAUUUUCAUAAACCCAUUUACUGCACUUUUCGGACACUGAAAGUCUGUGGUCAGAGCAAACAGGUUCAGUGAAAGAUUUCUUUAUGAGGCAUGGAGCGGCAUCUUAACUCCAUUCUUCUAAAUAACUUGCCUUGAUGGCGCAAGUGAUCUGCUUUCUGAUUCUUCUUUUUCAUGGGAGACAUUGUGUUCAUUUGUAUUCAUUGUAUACGUUUGUUUAUAGCCUGCUGGAAAUAAAUAAAGUAGUAUAAUAAUAAAAAAUUGCUGCUAUUGGCAAAACAAAUGUGAUUUUAUUUCACUUUUUAAAGGCAGCAUUUCCUAUGCCUUGUUAAUGGUUUCUGUUUCGUUUUAAAAAGUUUUUAGAGU